GAAAUUUUGUUUGAAAGUCAGCAUAAGCUGCCUAUUUAUUACCUCUUUAUACGCUUUUUCUUUAAAUUCUUCUUACACCAAAAUGCAUUUUACAGGCGAACUUUUUACUUAUCACCUUGAUGACUCAUCUUCCAUAUGGAAAAGUCUAGUUGCUUUCGAAUCAGGUCCACGUGAUUCUGGCAAAACCGUUGUUUUCAUUGGCGGCCUUGGUGAUGGUUUCAAUAACGUUCCGUUCUUGUUUCCUCUUCAUCAAACACUGGCUUCCAUCGACUGGUCACUCACCCAGGUUCAACUCUCAUCUACCUUUAAUGGAUAUGGUACGACUAAUUUACGAGCAGAUGCUAAAGAACUUGAUCAACUUAUUGAUGUUUUGAAACAACGCGGUAAAAAAUCGAUCGUUCUUUUGGGUCAUUCGACAGGUAGCCAAGAUUGUUAUACACAUAAUAAGUACGGCGAGCGCAGUCAAGACGUCCUUGGAUACAUCUUACAAGCUCCCGUGUCAGAUCGCGAAUAUUUUUCCAAAAAUUUGCCAAACUUUCAGCAAAGCCUCGAAUUGGCCACAUCUAUGAAAAAGGAAGGAAAAGGAGAUGAAUUGUUACCCAGAGCCACAUUUUGGGCGCCCAUUACUGCUGAUAGAUUUUACUCGUUGAGUACAAAAGGUGGAGAUGAUGAUGUUUUUUCGACCGACCUAACAGAUCAAGAGAUACUUAGGCUCUAUGACAAUGUCACUCGUCCUAUCUGCUGGGCUUAUUCUGAAAAGGAUGAGUUUUAUGCCUCCAGUCUGAAUCAGAACGAGGUCAUGCAAAGAUUUCAGAAACUUUGUCCUGCCAUCAAAAUGACCGCGUCUAUACCAAACGGAAGCCAUGCAAUUAUCGAUCCUGCUGCUCAAAUAGAGUUUUGCAAGGUUGUCAAGGAUUUUAUUAUUAGUUUAGAAUAAAGAUAAUUUAUUAUUACUAUUUUGUUUAUAGCAAUAGUGCUCUAUCUUUUAAACAUCUUGCGCCUACUUCUUCCCAUUCUUUAGUUCCAAUCCACAUUUCUUUAGCUGAAUCCAAUUUGCUCAUAACCGUAGCACCCUUCCAGACAAUCACUUCUGGGUCUAGUUCACGUGGUGCAGGCAGAACCUCCACACGCUCUAUAAAUGACUGCUGAGCAAUUACGGUAGAAAGGAUU